AUGCCUCGGCUCCUCCACCUGUGUCUGCUGUGGCUCGGGCUCCUGCUGGUUCGGGGAUCCCAAGAGCAAAGCUACAGGAGCAGAGCCAGGAAGCUGUGCGGCAGGCAGCUCCUGAGCGGAAUAGUCAAACUCUGCGGCGAUGCCGACUGGAGCCACGUCAGGGAGAACACCCCUUUCCAAAAGCAGGACACGGAGACGGUGGGAAGCUUCCUCCCUGGCCGGUGGAAAAGCUCCCCAAACACUUCCCGGGUCCGGGGCAGAGGCACAAAGGCAGUCUCUUCUACUGCCUCUCAGGAAGAAGCAACAAACAAUUUGGAGAUACAGUCACCUACUGAGUAUCAGUAUAACAAGGCCAACUUGCUACCUAGUAAGAUAAGAGAACUUGCCUCAUCACGAGCUAUCAGUUCAUAUGUUCAUGAGAUUGUAGAAUUUCAGAAGCAAAAUACAAACAAAAUUAAAACCUUCAGGAAAUUGUUUUGGGGGAAUCAUCCACAAAGGGUACGCAGAGGAUAUUCAGAAAAGUGUUGUCUUAGAGGAUGUACAGAAGAGGAACUUAUUAUUGCAUGCCUUCCAUAUAUUCAUUAUAAAAACUUAAAAAAAGGAGUCUCAGUUGUGACUAAGAUGUAUUAA